AUCAUGGACUUCACAACGUCGCUGGCGGCGCUAGUUGCCGGCAGACUCAUACUUGCGUACUCGUCAAUACCGAGCUAUGUGGAGGACCACCAUCUGCUGUCGUCGCCGUUGUCCGCGUUCUCUCGGUUAAAAGAGGGGCUCUAUCUAUAUGAAAAUGACGUGGAUCCGUAUUCAGGAGGACCAUGUUACCACUCCCCUCUGUACCUCUCCUUGUUCUCAACGAUACUUCCGACGUCUACUACACUUAUACCUUUUCUAUGGACGCUUGUGGACGCGAUCGCUGCGUGGGCGCUGGUGAAUAUAUGGAGAGCCAGACAAGGGAGGAAGGAGACGGAAAGAGACCACUUCAUCGCAGCUUUGUAUUUGCUCAACCCGUACCUCGUAUUCCCUUCGCUCGCAUACUCGACAUCGACGUUCGAGAAUGCGCUGCAGCUGCUCUCGCUCAUGUUCGGGUCCCGGGGCAACACAUCUGCAUCCCUCCUCACGCUCUCCUUCCUCAUCCACCUUUCACCCACCUCUCUCAUCAUCCUCCCACCCACUCUCAUGCUCCUCCUCAUCCUCGACCCAAGCUCACAUCUCGCUAAUCCACGACUCUUUCCUCUUGCACCGAAAGAUGCACUACCGCGCCUCCGAACACUCCUAGGCUCGUUCCUUGGGUACUCUACUGUCCUUGCCUGCGCCUCCACUCUCAUAGCAGGCGGAACGGGGUGGAUAUCACGCGUUUGGGGCGCACCGCUGCUUUUGCCGGACCUCACGCCCAACGUCGGGCUCUGGUGGUAUUUCUUCACCGAAAUGUUUGAUCACUUCCGGCCCUUCUUCCUCAUCGUGUUCUCGAUGCAUCUCAUCAUAUAUACCGCACCCUUGUGCAUCAAGUUCCAGCACGACCCUCUCUACGCGGCUUUCCUACUCCUCGGCGUCCUCGGCGCGUUCAAGCCAUACCCUACUCUCGCGGAUCCGGGUUUGUUCCUGACGAUGAUUGGCAUCUUUCCUGAGACGUUCGCAUAUCUACGGUACCCGAUUGUCACAGCCCUGCUACACCUGCAUUCGGCACUGCUGCUCCCGCUCUUCCACCAGCUCUGGCUCGUACAAGGAACUGGCAAUGCCAACUUCUUCUACGCCUCGACGCUCGUUUUCGGCGUCAGCAACGGCGCAGCACUGGCCGACUGUAUCUGGGCGGGUUUGAGGAUAGCAGUUGGAGAGGUGGGUGAAGGAAGACAAGUCAUCCAAGAAUGA